AUGACGAAACGGACGCGUCACAACAAUGAUGAAAACGAUCCUUUUGCUGCGGUAUACACUCCAGACCAGCCACCCUCGAAACGACAUCGGCGCAGUGGCCUGCCCAACACCAACGACCCUUCCUUUCAAGAGGAAUGGGCACGCGCAGUGGAGGCUAGACAACAAGCAGAAAAGGAUGAGAGAGCUCGGAAAGAAGCAGAGGCCCUUGAGGAAGCGGCCGCCAAGCUAUGCACCAGACUCCGAACGUUGCGCUCAGAUGGCUACUCCCUGACAGCCUUCCUCUCCGACCUCUUCAACUCAAAGGGCCCUCACAUAUCCUCUGAGGUGACCAAGCUUAUUCAGGACCACAGUGCCAGCUUGUUUGAUGCGAUGCGCCUGUGCUGUCCUGAAGUUGCUCAGAGCUGGCUCAACGAGACCAUAGAGGCCGCUAUUGUCACGGAAGCGAAGCAUCUUGCAGCCGAGUUGCGUCCUGAUAGAGACCAAGAGCUAUUAGAUGUCCUGCAUGACUGGAAGCUCGAUGAUGUUCUGGCAGCUGCAGAGAGGAUUGCACCCACGCUACUGCAAGUACUGCGCCUCGCAGGCACUCAUAAGCAACAGGGAGAGACUCGUUGUAACCAUGACUUGAUCAUUGCGACAAUCCUCUGCCUCAUCGCUGAGUCAUACAGUGAACACUCGAAUGAGGUGCAAACAGUGAUGGGCAUCUACCUGUUUGCAUGUGGGGCCUCUCGCUCACAAUUUGCUGUUCUUCACCAUGCCAGUAUAACAUCAUCAUACACCAAGUUCUGUGUUGGCGAACAGUGCCACAAUCAUAAGGACCACUUUGACAGUGGUACCACUGCCACGCUGGUGCCGCUUCAUGGCAUAGAUCACGGAGAGCUUCCACUCUCAGUGCUGAAGCCUCGUACCACUUGCAUCCAUGCCCUCAACUUUGAGCCAGUCGACCUCCUCCCGUCAGCUGAGCAGAUACAGCAGCUUGAGGAUGCAAUGCUGUGA